AACUGUAGAUUUCUGUGCCUGCCUGGCUUCAGCGAGUAGAGCAGCAGAAGCUAGGCCAGGAGCAGAAGUCUGGCUCCAAAGAGCUCCUUCCAUCCCAAAGAAGAGACACAAGCUGUCCAUCUGCAGGCAGCAGAAGCAGCCUUGGCACAGGGGUGUCAGCUCUCAAAGAUGAGCUCCCACAACAUGUCCUGGAUCCAGUACCCAAGCCACGUGUCCCCAGCUGUGGAGGAUGUCAUCGCUGUCCAGAGCGUCAUCUCCAGAUGCACACAUGUGUAUGUGGUUCUGUGCAUCCCACUGAGCCUGGCCACUGGUCUCUUCAACCUGAUCACGUUCAUCCGCAGCCGAGCCAAGCUGGGGGUGCUGGACAAGCAGCUCUUGGGCCUCACUGUCACCUGCAUCAUUAUGACCCUGCUGUCACUCAGCACUGCCAGCAGGCCCAACUACAUGCACACCACCAACCUGGGCUGUGGGGUCCUGUCCUUCUUCGCCAAUGUCUGCUACUUCACUGCCCAGUACUUGCAGGGGGCCAUGCUCAUCCCAACCCUUCUGCCAGGCUCCUCGUGCCAUCUACUCCUGGGAAGCCAGGGUGCCCUGAACCCUGCAGCAGGCCUGGCCGCCAUUGGGGGCUGUGCCAUCUGCAGCUCACUGAUCAUGAUGGCUCUGCUGGGCACAUCCGGAGAGCUGCACAGAACCACCCUGUGCCAGGUGGACCCACUGACCACUUGGCCAGAAUAUGAAAUUGUCAAGUUCAGUCUGGGCUUCGGGCUGGCCCUGGCCUUCAAGCUGGUUCUCUUGGUCCUAUGUGCCACCCAAUCAACCUGGCGGGCAGCUCCGGCCCAGAGGGACACGGCCUCUGCCUGCGGUGUGGUGCUGGCUGUGGCUCUGAACAUGUUUGCCUGCCGACUCCUCUACAACACAGUGCUCCUCCAGCGGGCCAGGCGGAAGCUGCAGAGGGACAUUGGCUCCCCAAGGGAUGAGCUGCUCAUGAACCUGGCAGAACUGGUCCUGUUUGGGGAGAGCUGCAUCAACGCCCUGGCCACCCUCCUCCUGCACAAGCCCUGCAGGCUUGCACUGCUGGGCAUCCUGGGACACCUCAGCCAGAGAUGUAGAGGACAAGAGGCUGACAACAGCGUCUCCCUGCACAGAGUGGCAAGCUAGGGCUAAACCACACAGACAGAUGGACACCAUGCCUGUUCUAGGUGUUCAGGAAAGACUCACAGAGAUGCCACAGGGAUGUAGGCAUGCUUGGAAAGUUCAUUAGACAGUGGUUUUAGGGCCUUCUACUCAGUCCAUGAAAAAGCACCAUGGUUCCAUGAGUGACACCCAAGCACGAAAUGACGAGGGCAGGAGCUGGGCGCUGCACACUCAGCCUGACAUCUUCCCCAGCACUGUCGUAGCCAAGUGACAGAAAGAGACACCAGUCAGCACAGACAUUCUCCAGCACCCCUAGGCCAUACCAUGUGCUGCUCCUCAUGCCACUGCCGUUCAACCCCCCAAUACUGCCAAGGUGUCUGGGCGAUGGAAAUCUGGUCAGGGACAAAGAGGUUCUGUCUUCACAUCUGUCAUCACCAUGUAGCUCUGUGAUUGUCACCUACUCACUGAGAAUCCCUGGAACAGCGGGACUGAACCCAGUGCCUACAGUGUCCCAGAGCAAAUAGGUAGGGACACCCUGUGGCUAAUCUGUGGGAGGGUAGCACAUGCAUUCUCCCAUCUGAAGGUCUGUGGACAAGUUGAGAGCAUGAACUCUAAACGUUUGUGUCCACAGCUGCUACCCAUCAUUCCCACUGGAUUUUUAUCAAGACUUUGUUAAGUAAAGACCUAUACCAAGGCCUUUAUGAAAUCUAUGGCUGCGUAGUUUCAGGUAUUUUUGG